AACCCAGGUGAAUCUCUCUUUUGUGAUGUCACCAGGCAACUGAAUGUUCUGCACAAGGCUGCCUCAUGUUUCAAUUGCUAUGAUAUUCGAAAUACUCGAUACAUGCAACUGAAUGUGCUGCACCAGGCCGCCUCAUGUUUCAGUCGCUACGACAUUCGAGAUAUCGUGAUACAUGUACAUAUUUGUAAUGCACUACUCAUAGGGUUGCUGAUUUCAAGGUUUUCAUAA